UGCAGGGAGGCCGCGGCGGGGAAAAUGGCGGACGGGAAGGCGGGAGAGGAGAAGCCUGAGAAGUCUCAGCGAGCUGGAGCCGCCGGAGGACCUGAAGAAGAAGCAGAAAAACCUGUGAAAACUAAGACUGUUUCUUCCAGUAAUGGAGGGGAAAGUUCCAGUCGCAGCGCUGAGAAGCGAUCAGCUGAAGAAGAAGCUGAAGACUUUCCAACAAAGCCUACAAAGAUCUCCAAAUUUGGAUUUGCCAUAGGUAGUCAGAUGACAAAGAAAGCAUCAGCCAUAUCCAUCAAACUUGGAUCAAAUAAGCCUAAAGAAUCUGUUCCAACUCUUGCUCCAAAAACCCUUUCAGUAGCAGCGGCUUUCAAUGAAGAUGAAGAUAGUGAACCAGAGGAAAUGCCUCCAGAAGCAAAGAUGAGGAUGAAGAAUAUUGGAAGGGAUACACCAACAUCAGCCGGACCAAACUCCUUCAAUAAAGGAAAGCAUGGGUUUUCUGAUAACCAGAAGCUAUGGGAGCGAAAUAUAAAAGCUCAUCUUGGAAAUGUCCAUGACCAAGACAAUUAAAUGAUGUCUUUUGAAAUUGGG